CGAACUGAGCCAAACCGUAUUAAUUUUUAUGCCUUACUUUACUCGCGUGAUGAGAAAAAGUCUCAUUGCUUUUUAAAAUAAAUCUUUUAAAAAUAUUUUUUAUGUUCGAAAUAAUUUUUUAAUUUCAAAAUCAUAAAAAGCAUAAAAUUUCAUUAAGAUAAAAAAAAUUUCACUAGGUCAUUCCAUUUGAAAUUACUUAGAAAAAAAUAUUAGAAGGCAAGUGUGAGAAAAAAACUCAUAGCGCGGGUGCUGAAGGGUUAACAUUACGUUCGAACGGUUCGGACUCCUGUGUGUUAUAACCUGUCAAUUGGUCAUCGAACGUUUAUAAAAAAAGAAAAGGUCAACGACAAAAUUUUGUGGCAUCAUUAAAUUAUAUUACAAUUGAAAUGACAACUAGGAGAACUAAUGAAAAGUUACCGUCCCAAAUGGCGGUAACGGAAGAACCACCAAGUAAAAAAACUAUCUGUUUCAAACUCCGUAAUAAAAUACCAGAAGAAGAAAAGGAUAUUGAUAUUAAACCAAUAUUACCUAUUCCUGUUGCGAUUAGAAACGAACUCAUCAAAGCACUUAAUUCUUUUUUAAAUGAAAAAAUUGGCGUUAAUGUUAAUCAAGAAUCUUCUCCACCAGCUCUACAUUUAGCCGCCCAAACAGAAAACUCAGAAGUAAUUAAUGAGUCAGUUGACUAUAAAGACGACAUUGGCAUUAUCGAUAGAAAUGAAAUAGAUUUGGAUCUUGCUAUUCAACGCGGUGACAAAGCCAUGGUCGAAAUACUUCUGGAAUCCAAAAAAAAUGAAGGAAAAGGAAACGUAAGAGCUGAAGGUUUUCUGACACCUCUCGAUGAGGCUAUCAAGUCCGGUAACUUUGAGAUAUUUCAACUAUUGAUAAACUCUGGAGUGGAUAUCAAAAAUAUUAUUCGUGAAGGUACUCCACUGCACUACACAGCCAAAAAUAAUGCUGUCGAAAUAGCUGAGUAUUUAAUUGCCCAAGGUGCUGAUGUUAAUACUUUCAUUACAAAAGGUCCGAGGCCAUUUUACCGAACCGCGCCAUUACACGUCGCCAUUAAUUGUGGAAGUUUUGAAGUAGCUCAAUUACUAAUAAAUAGCCAAGCCAACGUUCACACUACGACAGGAUGGAAUAUAACACCAUUAGACUUAGCGAUCGAAAAAGGCAAUUAUCGGAUAUUCAAAUUAUUAGUUGACUCCGGAGCGACUGUGGAUUUGUCCUUCAAAAAUACGAAUCGAUCACAUUGGGCAGCUUAUCAUAAUUCAUUGGAAAUCGCUCAGUAUUUAUUUUCCAUAGGAGAUGAUAUUCAUUAUAAUUGCUUCUGCAGACGGUCGGACUUUUAUCAGUAUACUCCAUUACAUGUUGCUAUUCAGCGAGAAAGUGUCAAAGUUGCUCGAUUCCUAAUUAGCAAAGGUGCUGAUGUUAACAUUUGUGGAAAAAACGGCGAAACACCGCUUACAAUUGCCAUUGAAAAAAAGAAUUCUGAACUAUUCCAGUUACUGUUAGAUACUGGAGCUGAAAUAAAUGAUUGUCCGGAUAAAGUUUUACCUUUACAUCAAGCUGUCGCUGUAAGUAAUGACGACGUUACGAAAUUUUUGCUCGAACGUGGAGUUGAUGUUAAUGUAAUUUGUAAAUGCCCAGUGUCUAAAUAUUCAGAUUGCACGCCGCUGCAACUUGCAGUAAGCACAGAGAAUUUGGAAAUCGUAAAUUUAUUACUGAAACAUAAAGCAGAUGUUAAUAUUAGCACUAAAAAAUUAGGAUCAGUCAUUGGAAUAGCUGUGGAUCAAAAUAAUUAUGAGUUGAGUGAGUUGUUAUUGAAAGCUGGUGCAGAUAUUAAUGAACCUUUGAAUAUGACACUGUUACAUAGAGCUGUCGGUGCAAACAAUUAUCGUAUAGCUAACGAUUCAAUUAAACGCGGUGCAGAUGUGAAUGCGAUUAAUGGAUCUAAAGCUUCACAGUACUACUCACCAUUACAAAUUUCAAUUAUGAAUGCGGAUAGAAAACUCUUAAGAUUGAUUCUUAACAAACCGGCAAAAUUUGAUGAUGAAGAAUUUGAAGAAACUCCACUUGUAGAAAGUGGUAAUAUGAAAAUGGUUGAGCUUUUGCUUAAAAAUGGUGCCGAAGUAAAUGCAAUUAAUGAUUCUGGUGAAACAUUUCUUAUCGUAGCUGUUAAAAAAGAUAGUUUGGAGUUGGUUAAAAUUCUAAUCAAUGCCGGAGCUCAGGUGAAUUUAAGUAAUGACGAAAAUUAUUUACCAUUACACUGGGCUGUUAGGCGUAGCAACUAUAGUACGACCAAAUAUUUAAUCGAACAAGGAGCUGAAAUUAAUAGUAUUCGCCAAGAUAAAACGCCAUUGACUAUUGCUUGUUACAAUGGAAGAAAAGAUAUCGUUGAGCUUUUGAUUAAAAGUGGAGCUAUCAUUGAUGAUAAAAGAUUAAAUAUGACAGCUCUCGGCAUAGCUUGUGAGCAGGCUAAUUUCGAUUUAGUUGAGUUACUAGUAAGCUUUGGAGCGAGUGUUGAUCUUCGUUCCUGUAAUGUGACUCCGUUAUGUUGGGCGGUUCUUAUGAAACAUUUCAAAAUUACUAAGUAUUUAGUUGAUCAUGGAGUUGAAGAUAUUGACGCUGGUUCGCGGAGUACUACUCCAUUGCACUUAGCAAUUGGAAAUCAAGACCUAAAAAUAGUUGAACUCUUACUUGAACACGGAGCUACAGUUAAUAUUGUCAAAAACUAUGGUACAACAGCUCUUGGAUUGGCUAUUAAGACUAGUAAUUUGGAAUUAGUCGAAUUGAUAUUACAUGCUGAGGGUACAGAUAUAAAUGCUCCGUGUUACGAGAAUCGAAGGCCAUUAGAAAUUGUAGCGCAAGAUCACAAUGUAGCUUUGAUGAAGCUUUUAAUUAAUCAUCGAGCUCAUAUUGAUUUUAUAACUAAAGAAAACCUGAAAUUUAUUUUUCAUGUUUUACACGUAGGAAAUAUCGAAAUGCUCAAGCUAAUAUUAUCUAAAAAUGUUGACAUUAAUUGCAGGAAUUUUAAUAAUGAAACACUUUUAGUUGCUGCUAUUAGACAGAGAUCAUUUGAAAAAACUGAAUUUAUACUUAUGAGAGAAGAUUUUGUCAAUAUUAAUGAUGUCUCCCAGGGCGAGUCUGCGCUUCAUGAAGCUGGUAAAUUCGGAGCGGAAAAUCGGUUGAUAUUGAAUCUUUUAUUAAAUGCUGGAGUUGAUGUUAAUCUUGUAAAUAAAUCCAAUCAGACGGCUGUAAAUACAACAAAUUUUGAGAGAAACAAAAAAAUUAUUAGAGAGCACAUGGUAAAAUUAAAGGCCGCUGGUUGGUCUUUAACUAAUCAAAAUUUAAUGGCAAUCAUCGAAAAAAGAUUGGACGAUUUUUUUAUUGAUUGUUUAAAAGAAAUAGAACUGAUGAAAAAUAUGAAAAUUGAUCAGACUAUCAUGAGUUACUACGAUGUUUUGCGCAUUAAUUACCAUGAAAUCGCGGUUAAAUUAAGUAAUUUUAACGAUGGAUCUUUAAAUGAAAAAGAGUUGCAGUUACAAUUCCCUUUGUAUGGUCAGAUAAUUUACUAUCGUUUAUUUAAAAGCUUACAAAGAAAUAAAUUGCUAGGCAUGAGCACUAAUGUAUUUGGUACAUUACUUUCCGGUCAACUGCCGUUUGAUAUUAUAAGAGCAAUUAAUCCUUAUUUAAAUAAUAGAGAUCUCAAAAUGUUAUCUCAGUGCUAAAAAGUAAUUUAUUUUUCGUUUCUGUCCUUAACUCACUAUUCUCCAAUAAAAAUUUUUCAAAAAAUAGAAAAAUUUGAAUUUGUAAUACUAAAAUUUAUAAAAUUACAUUUAUUCAAGUAAUCAACUGAUAAAAUAUUUUCUUAUGUAAAACAAUGUGUUUUAUUCUUAAAUGUGAAAUAA